UUUUUGACAGCAUGAAAAAUAACGCCGGGCUUGGGGUUAAUUAUUUAUUGUUUAAGUUUAACCGUAAUUUUUAAGUAUUUGUGAUAUAGUUUUAAGAUUUUUCCUUUUAGCAAUAUAUAAAGUUUGUGCAUAGUGAUAUACUUAAUAGCGGUCUCUGUUCAUAACUACAAUGAGUUCACCCAUCCCCGAUACACCAUCUGAUAGAGAAGAUGCAAGAUCUCGGAUGACAUCACCAGCCCGUGAAUAUGAGAUGUUUGAAGAUGAGGGCGACAUUCUGGGGGACAAUCCUGACGAAGAAGAGGAAGAUGGGGAGGAAUUGUUUGGUGACAAUAUGGAAGCUGACUACCGUCCAAUGCCGGCAUUAGAUCGGUAUGACGCAGAAAACUUGGACGACGAGGAUUACGACGCGAUGUCAGUUGAUGACCGACUAGCGGCCGAGAGGGAGCUGCAAAGGCGAGACCGGGACGAAGGCCGGGUUCGCAGGGACGAUCGGGAUCUGUUAUAUGAUGAGUCAGACGAAGAAGGUGGAGACGCGCCACGCGCCAAGCGCCGCAGAGCUGCUGAGAAGGCGGCAACAGGUUCCGACGAACAGGUGGAGGAAGGCAUCGAGAGCAUUGAGAACUUGGAGGACACUAAGGGAUACUCCACCAAGGAGUGGGUCUCCAUGCUGGGGCCGAGAACUGAGAUUGCUAAUAGGUUCAAAAACUUCCUCCGCACAUACACAAACAGCAAAGGUCAGUUCGUAUACAAGGAGCGUAUACGUCGCAUGUGCGAACACAACCAAGCGUCGUUCCACGUCGAGUUCGACGUACUGGCCCGCAGGGAGCAGGUGCUGGCGUACUUUCUCCCGGAUGCCCCCUUCCAGAUGUUGCAAAUCUUCGACGAGGUGGCCAAAGAGAUUGUACUGCAGAUAUUCCCGAGCUACGAACGCGUGACGUCAGAGAUACACGUCCGUAUCGCGGAUCUGCCGCUCAUUGAAGAGUUGCGGACAUUUAGGAAGCUACACUUGAAUCAGCUAGUGAGAACUUUAGGGGUAAUAACAGCUACUACUGGAGUUUUGCCCCAACUGUCCGUGGUCAAGUACGAUUGUAACAGAUGUGGGUACAUAUUGGGACCCUUCGUACAGUCACAGAAUUCUGAGGUCAAACCUGGAUCAUGUCCCGAAUGUCAGAGUGCUGGACCUUUUAUGGUGAACAUGGAACAAACGGUAUACCGCAACUAUCAGAAAGUGACCAUACAAGAGUCGCCCGGUCGCAUACCAGCUGGUCGCAUACCGAGGAGUAAGGACUGCAUACUGCUGGCAGAUCUGUGUGACCGCUGCAAACCUGGGGAUGAGGUGGACCUCACGGGGAUAUAUACCAACAAUUAUGAUGGAUCUCUUAAUACUGAACAGGGUUUCCCAGUAUUCGCCACAGUGAUAAUAGCCAACUACAUUAUAGUGAAGGACUGCAAACACAUCGUGGAGUCCCUCACAGACGAUGACGUGGCCAGCAUCGUCAAACUGUCCAAGGACCCGCAGAUUGGGGAGAGGAUCGUGAAGAGCAUCGCACCGUCUAUAUUUGGACACGAUUACAUCAAACGGGGCUUAGCUUUGGCAUUGUUUGGAGGGGAGCCUAAGAAUCCUGGUGAAAAGCAUAAAAUUAGAGGUGAUAUCAAUGUCUUAAUUUGCGGAGAUCCGGGUACGGCGAAAUCACAAUUCUUAAAGUAUACUGAGAAGAUAGCGCCACGAGCUAUAUUCACCACAGGGCAGGGCGCCAGCGCCGUCGGUCUCACCGCAUACGUGAGGAAGAACCCCACCACGAGAGAGUGGACGCUAGAGGCCGGUGCCUUGGUGCUGGCAGACCGCGGCGUGUGCCUCAUCGACGAGUUCGACAAGAUGAACGACCAGGACCGCACCUCCAUCCACGAGGCCAUGGAGCAGCAGUCCAUAUCCAUCUCCAAGGCGGGCAUCGUCACCUCGCUGCACGCCAGGUGUUCAAUAAUAGCAGCGGCGAACCCUAUAGGCGGACGCUACGAUGCGUCGCUGACGUUUUCCGAGAACGUGAAUCUUUCGGAGCCGAUUCUGUCCCGAUUCGACGUGCUCUGCGUCGUCAAGGACGAGGCGGAUCCCAUGUUGGACGCGCAUCUGGCCAAAUUCGUAGUAAGUUCCCACAUAAGACACCACCCCACUCAGCGCGGCACCACGCUAGAGGAAGACUCCCCGGACGACGACUUCAUACUGCCACAGGAUCUGCUGAAGAAGUAUCUGGUCUACGCGAGGGAGAAUGUCCAUCCUAAACUACAGAACAUGGAUCAAGACAAAGUGGCCAAAAUGUAUAGUCAGCUGCGGCAGGAGUCUCUCGCUACUGGCAGUUUACCCAUCACUGUCAGACAUAUAGAAUCAGUGAUACGUAUGAGCGAGGCGCACGCGCGCAUGCACCUGCGCGUGCAGGUGGACGAGCAGGACGUGAACCUGGCCAUCCGCACCAUGCUGGAGAGCUUCGUGGAGACGCAGAAGUACAGCGUCAUGCGCGCCAUGAGACAGACCUUCCAAAAGUAUCUCUCAUACAAGAAAGACCACAGCGAGCUCCUUUACUACAUACUAAGACAGCUGACUAUGGACCAACUCGCUUAUAUGAGAGGUCUCCACAACCACUCGCAGUCAACCAUCGAGAUAUCUGAGAGGGACCUCAUGGAGAGAGCGAGGCAAAUCAACAUAUCGGACCUCAAACCAUUCUAUAACAGUAGGAUAUUCAAAAUUAACAACUUUAGUUAUGACGUCAAAAGGAAGGUGAUUGUACACACACUGCCAGACGUGCCAACUGCUUCAUAGAACACCCAUAGUAUUAAAAUACCCUUUGUACCAAUAUUUUAUACUCGCUUAUAUGAGAGGCCUUUACGACCACUCGCAGUCUACCAUCAAGAGAGGGACCUCGUAGAGAGAGCGAGGCAAAUCAACAAUUCAGACCCAAACCCUUCAGUAACAGUAGAAUAUUCAAAAUUAAAAACUUCAGUUAUCUCGAAAACCUUCAUAUAUAAUACAAAGAAUGUGUGUGUUUCUGUGUAAUACUAAUUUGUUUUAUGAGUGGAAUAACAUUAUAUUUGAUUUUGCAUAUUUGACGGUUCAAAUUAUUAGACCUUUAGUCAUCAUCUUCAUUAUCAACACAUAUUCGGCUCACUGCUGAGCUCGAGUUUCCUCUCAGAAUGAGAGGGGUAAGUCCAAUAGUCCACCACUCUGGCCCAAUUCGGAUUGGCAGACUUCACACAUGCAGAGAAUUAAGAAAAUUCUCUGGUAUGCAGGUUUCCUCACGAUGUUUUUCCUUUACAGUGUGAGACACGUGAUAUUUAAUUUCUUAAAAUGCCCAUAACUAUAAGUUGGAGGUGCAUGCCUCGGACCGGAUUCGAACCCACACUCUCCGGAAUCGGAGGCAGAGAUCAUAUCUCUCACCAGUAAUAUUACCAGUAGCUUACUUUACUCACAAACCAAACUAGGUUGAUAUUGUUACAAUCUUCGAAGGAAAGUAAAUUUUCGACUUGAAUUAACCAGAUAUAUCAGUUGCUUCAUAUAAUAAUGAAAACAAACUAAUUUGUUAUAGACUAAGAGCCCGUGAACUCCAGACCUUCGUCAUUUUAUACCAUACCAUAAGUAAAUACGGUAGCCAAUUAUGGAGUUUGGACCGUGCUAGCUUUGGGAGGUAGCAGGUUUUAAGGAUCCAGACCCUCAACCGUCUAAGUAUAAAGCAGAGUUUCCCAAACUUUUUUGUGUCAUAGACCUCUUGCCAUGUUUUUCCGUGUUGGGUAGACCCCCUACUUGUUUGAUAUUGAUUAUCUGUAUCCUACAACUUACACAAUUUUAUGAACAUAUUUAAUAAAUUUUUUACUUCAUAGUUACUUUUAAAAUAAUGUAUAUGUUUUGAUAUUAUAAGAUAAUAUGAUGUAAAAAAUAGGUACUCAGGUACUAUCAGUGUAUGUGUUAUCGUGAAAACCAUUUUCAUUUAACCCCCCCAAAUUUUUUUUCGCUGACGUAGACCCCUUGUAGUUUGUCACAGACCCCUAGGGGUCGAUAUAGACCACUUUGGGAAUCACUGGUAUAAAAUGUAAUUUUUUCAUGUUUUCCUCAGUCAGUAUAUUCCCAGUCGCCACUUAGCUUUGUGGCAACCGGUUCACAGGCUCUUCGUCUAUUAAUAUCAAUUUAGAAAUAAGUUAAACAUAUUACUCGAGUAAAAUGUAAUUAUUAUAACAGAAAUGAAAUAAUCUCACAAUGUCAAGCAGAUUCGCAAUUAUUUUUCAAAAUCGAUAGGAAAUGUUCAUUUCCUAGUAUUUUCAACUACACUCAGAGGCACAAUCAUCCUCCCACUUAAAUAUGACGAGUGUAUUAAAGUGGGCGGAUAAUUGUGCGUCUGAGUAUAUUUUACUUUUAAUAAUUUCUGCCAAGUCUGAUCACAUCACAUAAUGCCUUAUUGUUAAGAUUUAUUAUAUUUUUGUAUGCCCACCUGAUAAUAUUACAAUUUUUGUAUUUUAAAAUUAUGUGCCUAAACUAUGUAUGUGCCUUUAGAAUAAGUACAAAUUGUUAUGUAUUUGCUGGUUAAAAUUUUUCAAUGACAUGAUAUUUUUGUAUGUAAUAAAUUUUCACCUUAUUAAUGAAA